AUGAAGAUCGAUAAGUGUUACUUCUGUUCCGGGCCCAUCUACCCAGGUCACAGCAUGAUGUUCAUCCACAAUGACUGCAAGGUGUUCAGAUUCUGUAAGUCCAAAUGUUAUAAGAACUUUAAAAAGAAGCGUAAUCCCCGCAAGGUCAGGUGGACCAAAGCCUUCCGGAAGGUGACUGGUAAAGAGCUCACAGUGGACAACUCAUUUGGAUUUGAAAAACAUAGAAAUGAACCUGUGAAAUACCAGCGAGAGCUUUGGAAUAAAACUAUUGACGCAAUGAAGAGAGUUGAAGAAAUCAAGCAGAAACGUCAAGCCAAAUUUAUAAUGAACAGACUGGAGAAGAAUAAGGAACUACAGAAAGUCCAGGACGUCCGGGAAGUCAAGCAAAACAUCCAUCUGAUCUGGGCCCCGCUUGCAGGCAAAGGAAAGCAGCUGGAAGAAAAAAUGGUCCAGCAGUUUCAGCAGGAUGUGGGCAUGGAAGAUGCAUCUUAA